AUGGCUGGCCUCGGCACAGUAGGCUUUGUGCUUUCCUCUGGACAUCGCGAGUCAGGCGGCAACAUCGCGACCGCAAUGGACAGGGUGGACUUGUCAACCUGCUUGGGUUUCAAGGCUGGCAGUGGCAAUGGCGACCUGUCCUUGCCAGUCUGCUCUGGUACCACUCUGCGCACUUCGAACGAAGUCCGCUUGCUGGUUCCAGGACACAAGCAGCGAUUCAUCACCGUCAUGCCAGCUGCGUCCCUGACCGACUACUACCUGGACCAGGGCCGGAUCAGGAAGGUUCGGGCUCCGUUGGAGGAAGAGCGAGUGCCUGCCAGGGAGGUUUUCAAGAUCGGGCGCAUCGGUACGAUGACGCACUUCCUGAACCUCGGACUUCCAUGGGACGAAUCCGCGGGCGACUACGCCAAUAUACAUGCGGAGCUAGGCGUCUGCAAUCUGCAGAGGCGGAGGAUGCUGGAGGCGUUCAUGACGCAGAUCCCCCCAACGGAAUGGAGGUUUCGCCGGGUGGCCGAGCUGGAGCAUAUGGUGCUGCCAGAGUGCCCAGAGAUCGCGGCCGCUGGCAACACCGAGGACGGCGAGAAUAAUGGAGCGCAGAAAAUAGCGCCGACGCAUUGGAAUUGGAGGCAUGUGAAAGCCCACAGCAUUGUAGCGUGCGUGGUGCGGUGCUUCUACGCGAUGGUGGCGGUCCCCCACGAUUGCACAAUCCUCGAGUGGACAUUAGGCCAACUGCUCGGGGACGAGCCUGGCCCAAGACUCGGCCAGGUGCUUAGAGACUUGCUCUCACUGGCCAUGGGCGCGGGUGAAAUGUUUGAAAUCGCGCAACGGCAGCUCGAGGGCGCUACAAGCAACAGCACCUCUGGCCUGCCGGUCAAGAUACUGAGACUCUUCUCAGAGUUGCUGAAGAUUUUUGUGCUGCCUGGCGAUCCCAAGCGCAGCAUGCCCCUCAGCACGUCCACGAAGAGUCCCAGGGACCCGUGCCUGACUGGGAAGCUGCUCGACCAGCAGACGAUGGCGUACUUAUUUGCCGUCAGUGGGUACCUCGUCGAGACCUUUCAGCAGCCGCUCCUUGACAGGCUCACCACAGCUGCCCACAAGCCGUUGACGCGGUACGAGCUUGACCUUCUCCACCAGAUCGCAGUGACGGUCGCGAAGAUGGCGCAGGUGUUCGGGAGCAACGAAAUGCGGCAGCACCAUAAAACCCCACAUCGCCAGCAGCGCGACGUGGAAGGCACACGUGCUCGCGCCUCCGAGCAUGUCUUGCAGGAGAUUGCGAAGGACAUGGUCGACGGGGAGUUCAUCGAGAUCUUGGAGUUCGAAGACAGGGACGGCGACGUCAACGAGGUCUAUAUCCACGAAGGGAAGCUCACCAUCGCGAACCGGACCUGGCAGGCUGUUGGCUUGCAGGGCGAGUUCAUUGUUACCAGCGUUCGCGUCAAGCCGCUCAACGAGAGUUCUUGCCUGGUCUAUGACCAAUUCGACAACUUCAUGACAAUGCCGUCUAAAUAUCUGCGCACUCUGAAAUAUUUCUGCGAGAGGACAGACGUACCUCACAACAUUGAAGUCGAUUCCUACGCGGUUCUCGCUGCACGUGUAGCAGAAGAGGAUGAACGUGAUGAUGAUGGGCCUGCGGGAGUAACCCAGGCGUCAGCAAGUCUGCAGGAUAAGUCGUGCAGUGGUUCAUUGCCAGCACCCGUCCGCGCGCAGCUGUUCGAGCUGACCUUUCCGUCGGUACUGGUGAGCGGGCUCCUCAUGGCACUCGAAGCGGCUGGGCGCCUGGAGGCGACCAUCCAUGCGGAGGGGCUGGUCCGCGGUGCACCACUCCAGCGGAUGCCGGCCCUCCGCCAGAACGACAGGCUUCGAGAGGAGGUCGGCCACGAGCAGAGACCCGUUUCCCCCGUGCUAAAGGACGAGGGCCAGCGCCAGCAAGUGCAGAAGGCAGAGGCACACUACAAGGAGAUGAGGCUGCACUCUGCCGUGGUCGACCGCACCAUCCAUGCACUCGUGGGCAUCAUUCGCCUCAACGAGGAGGUCGGCGAGCACUCGAGGGCCAACUACGGCUUCGACGUCUGCGAGGCGCUCUCCACGAGCCUGUCGGAGGGCGCAGGGCGUGGGGUCCCGCUGCUGCGAGUGCAGCAGCUCACGGCCGAGCGGGGCACCGCGCGGCUGCACUGCCAGCUGCAGAAGUUCCUGGACCACGGCGGGCUGGACGGGGCCGGCGGGGUCUCGUGCUUCCGGAGGGCGGAGUGCUGCUCCCUGCCGGGCGAGCGGGUGGUCCUCGUGGCCCACGCGUGGUGCACAGUGGCGUGCGAGCAGCGCAGUACGGGUCCGCCCAGCCUGUCCAGGCGCCUGGUCGCGCUGACGUCCAGGGCGCGCAUCCUGGAGCUCGUGGCACCUGACAGCAUCAUCUCGUGGGAGCAGCUGGAAGUCCUGGCCGUCAAGGACUCCCGCUGUCUGAAGAGGGUGACGGUCAUGCCAAAGGGGCUGCAGUUCCUGGGCCUGUGGUGGGAGGGAGCCGAGCCGGAGCGGCAGCACGAGGUCUGGAUAUUUGAGAGCUCCCGUAAGCAGAAAGCGUUCCGCGAGGUGCUCCGGUACCGUGACUUGGGCCGUCCUCAGGCGCAUCGGUACUGCAGCCGAUGUCGCCCAGCUCGCCAGGGAGCACAGGGAGGCGCUUGUGAGGUCGGAGCCAGCAGGAUUCCUCCAGUGCUUGGCGUUCCCGAGGAGCACGUCAGCGCCAAAGUCAUGUACGCGGUGCAGGAGGCAUGCAGCAUCGCUCGCACGGAGGCCUGCAUCAUGAACAUCGCAUUCGUGUGGCCGGAAGACAGGAAACGUCUGACAGAGUUCUUGGUCCACCGCAAGGAAGAGCAACGGCACCAGGCCGCGCGGCUGGACGUGCUUGUGCUGACCACGGACACGCUCUGCAGGAUGGAGUUGCAGGGCUUCCUUCAGGCAUACGUCUACGCCCAGUGCGGCGACCAGUCGGAAGCGUCGGGGCACCGUGAUUGGCGCACGCCGUCGAAUCUCACCGAGGACAGUGACUCUUGCGACGAGGCUACCCCCGACCUCCGAAGGUUGGAGCGCGUGGAGGGUGUCCGCAAGUGCGGAAGCCUCUGCUCUUACUUCCCUUUCCUCCUCAAGCGGUUGCGCGGUGUCUGGUUCCUGGGGGACGAGCCGACGGUGAGGUUCGGCUGGGAAACAUAUUCGUCACACAGGGAGUUCGAGGUGGCUUUCCUGGGCGAGACGGACAGGCAGAGUUUCCGCAGCCUGCUCGCGCUGGCCCUUGCUAAGCUUCCCAGGGCCGGCCCUUGCGAAGCUGCUCUGGACCAGGACAGCGCUUGUGCGAGGAAGCUCGGCGUGGUGCCCCACUGGCUGGUGGAGCCCGCGUUCAGCACCACGCUGUCGGGCGCCACAGAGGAGCUGCUCAGCCGCCGCCGCGAUGACUGA